UUUUCGAGAUUGACGAUGAAGAGGCACGAUGUUAAGUAGCCUAGAUGGUAGUAUCGCGAGAUGUUGAAAGGAAUAUAAAGCAAGGGCACCGUAGAUAGAUCCGAGCCUGGGCCGCGAUUCCGUGGAGCGGGGGCGGCGGCAGCGGCGAAGUGGAAGGCAACGAGGAGGCACCGACAGUAGCUCCCAGACAGUGACUCCGCGCGUAACGACAUGUAACCGGUGGACAGAUUUUGCUGUGCGUUAUGUCAUCGAUGACAAUUGUUCGACAUCGAGGCGAAUUCGCGCACGGUCAAGGAUAAGAAAGUGUCUGGACGCAGCAUCGAACCGUAUCGUAAGGGAACGCGAGCGAAACUCGCCCUGAAGACGGACCUUGAAGUCGCCGCGAGUCGAGUCCAGACAGUGGAAAGGAUUAAAGAAUUUCGAGGAGAGAGAUUUAGGGUGCGACAAGGCCGGUGCAACCACCGUGUAAGUAGACAGAGCAGCGAGGUUGAGAGAGAGAGAGAAAGAGAGAGAGAGAGAGAGUGAGAGAGGGAGAGGAGAGGCGAAUGGUUUCGAGAGAAGCUCGAUGGGUCGAACGUACUCAGUGCUGCCAGCCGUAAGCUCGACGGAGUCGACGCCGCAAGCUCGAUGCAAAUCGACUUUGUACAGAUGCCUCGAUGAAAAUCGACGAGCCCGUUGAUCCUCCUCUUCUCUCGCGUUCACCGCCAGUUGUCAAGGUUCGUUAGCCUACCGUACGUCGACGACCUCCGGUAUCCGAGUAUCCGAGUAUCCGAGGCGAACUUCCUCGCUAACCGUCGUAUUAUCUCACGGUGGAACCACGAAAUUCCGUGCGACCGGUGUCAGUGAACUCAUCCGGCAGCCUUCUUCUUGUCGCACCGAAAGAAACCGAGGACGGAAACGCGGAGGUGUAGAACAGAGCGUGGCCUAUGUGUCCGGUGCAUCUGGCUCGCGGAAGUGCUGGGUCAACAAUGUCAAUGCCCUUAAGAUCGAUCGUUGCUUGCUCGAAACUGACUUGUUUGUUAAUGGACGGUGAGAAAUUGACUUCAGGGUGAAUCGUAAUUAGCCGGGCUCUGCGAGUCCCGUGAUCCGAACUAAUUACUUAGACGAUGGAGAACCGUGUGGCAAACGUAACAUGGAAUAUGGUUUACUAUCAAUCGGAGAAUGUAACCAAGGCUGAGGUGUAAGGAAGAAGUUGAUGCAUCGAGAAUACGCCAAGUAUCCUGAGAAUCGGUCUAUCGGUCGGUGGAAAAGGAAUUGAAGGUUACUCGACGAAGUUUGGGGAAGAGUGGUUGCCAGAAGAAGCCGUCUCCGUGGACGAGUGGCAGAGUAAUAACCGCUCGUUGGAUGGAGUGAUGAGCGGGGCCCCUGCACGGGGCACAGCGCCCCGUCGUCAAAGACGUCAUCAUCAUCAUCACCACCAUCAUCAUCAGAAACAUCAGAAGCUUCGGGACGAGCAAUCGUCGGACGAGCCGGAAGAGAAGCGUCCGAAAGUAAAUCCGAUAUUCCUCUGGGCAUCGCAGCGAGAGCAAAGGAUCGUCGAGGUGAGAUGCGAGGAUUACGACAAGAGGAAUCGCAUCAAGCUGACGAAGACCGCGCAAGGAUGGCGUUCUAUACCGAGGACUGCUUCCAACAUGUACUCCACCGACUUGGGUGUCACUUUCCAGAGGAGCAGCAGCGCGAACUCUUCGAAUUCGUGCGUCGCAAACGAAGAAAAAGACAAACAAACCGGACGCGUCGCCGUGAACCUUCAGCAUAUCCCGGCGAAAGAAUUGGCGAACAGCCGUACCAACGGUUUGCUCGACAGACACGCCGGAAAGAAGAGGAGUUACGAUGAGAUUGAUAGAAAGCUCGAACACCGACGAGAUUAUUCUUAUCCUUUGGAUGAAUUGCGAAACGGUAGCAGAGUGCAAACCCAGUGGAACGAGGAACGACGAAGAGUGCCAUGCUCCGAUGACGAGGAGGAUGACGACGACGAAGACGACGAUGACGACGACGACGACGACGAGGAGGAGGACGAAGAAGACGAAGAGGAGAGGGACGAAAACGAGAACGAAGUUGUGGAAUCGAAUAGAUUUGACAAAGACUCGAUUAGAUGCAAUGGAAGAAGUAACCUGGAAAGGUUGCAGAAGGACAAGCUGUUCCAGCCGCGAGUCGUGCUGGAACAGCUACACUUUUCUCGAUUGCCCGAGGGCGUUCAUCAAAAUGUCCUUCAGAGACGGGAAAAAGAGCAGAAGGGGCAGAACGAGGAUGAUGUUAUCGGCGUGGAGAAGGCAGUAGUAGAUAAUGAAAAAAGAAGGCACAUGAACAAGGCGGGCAUUCAGGAUAUACUGAACAUGAUAGAUGCGACUGCCUCCCCGGUAUUAGCUACCGAUACUCCUAGCGCCGAUCUGCCUGUCGACUCUACGAAAACCUACGAGCUACUCAACGAAAAUUUUCACGCUGAAUCUAGCGAGAAUACAAUCAAAGAGUCGUCUAAUUCAACGGUGCUGAUGGAACUGUCUAGUAAAAUUAAAGAGCAAACGAGAACCGAUCUGAUCUCUAGCUACCAUCAUCAGGAGGACGAAGUUAAGAACAGUGAUAAUCUUGCUGAUGAUAAGAUAGAGAUUCACGAAGAGAAAAUUCUCACCAGCUACGACACUGAACACGAAGAUGGAAAGAAGAAGCCUCGGAUAAAAGACGAUGUGAUCAUUGUGUCUAUAAAAAAUAGCACGGACUCGAAAUCGUGUAAGGUUGUCGAGGCGGACGGUGGGCUUGGAACUCGAGCAAAGUGCAAAUCGAACUGUCGUACGAAGUGGCAAAACGUGGUGACUGUGAACGAUGAUACUCAGUUGGAGGCGGAGGAAGAGCGACCCGACGAGCCGGGAGAGCCGAUCAAACUAGAUUAUAACGAUAGUUCAAAGAUUUUAAACGCGCUUAGGAACACUCCAGGACUUUCGGUGUCUAUAACAAGAACUCACACGCCGCCGGAGAGUGCGAAGAACAUAACGAUACCUUCGACCAGGCCAGCGUCGAAGGCGUCGUCGUCUAGCAGAUCGCCGGAUUCGCAGGCGGAAUGCGUCGAGAGGUUGAUGAAGAACGCCGACUCUGCGACAGAGGCGCGAGGAACGUCAUCUCCGAAAAGUCUGCCCGGUUUGUCGAUCAUCAUUCCCAGUUACCGAUACAGGAACCCUCAGACAGUGGCGACGCAUUCCACGAGUCCUGCCAGCGCAAAGGCGCGCGUCGAAUCGCCGGAAAGUACCGUGAAUUUCCCGAAAACCGACGCGUACGCGGACGGGUCCAAGCUGGACGGAUUCCCUCACGAGGAAGACGAAGUCGAAGACGAAAGAGAGAUGGAGGAAGACGAGGACGACUGCGACUCGCAAGUGUUGGAGGAUCUCAGACGUCAGAAAGCAGACUCGCUGGCGUACGAGUCCGACAGAGACUAUUACCAUAGGCAAACGGGCAAUUCGGAGGAUCGUAGAACUCCUCUGGAGAACGCGAAGAAUCAGGCGCAGUGGAUAAGCUCGAGCAGAAGCAGCGAGGCGCAAGCGAAAUGCAAAUAUCAGGAUGUAGAACAUUUCGACGAACAAGUACUCGAGGAACUGCGAACCCGCGGUACUGUUGUCUCACCGCAGCCGAGUGGAAUUCCCUGUUCACCGGCUUCCAGGAGGCCGUCUUCGGCGUAUCUCGAGAGACUACUACCUAGUCCUCCUUGUUCCGUGUCCUGUUCCGAGGACGCGAAGAACGAUUUAACUUUGAAGGGUAUACUGUCGUCUCCUAAUCAAUUAGAAGCAAGAGACUACGAGAAGCAGAAGGAGAUAUCCAUCCGAUGUGAACAGAUACCCAGUGAUCAUCUUCCUGUUCGAUCAGAUCACAGCAAGGACACCGAGAGAUCCAGUGCGAACAGAAAAGGGAGAAGCUUGCAGGUUCAGAAUCAGGAGACGAGGAACUCGGCUAGACCAAUGUCCAGCGGUGAUAUCCAUAGCACGUACCUCGUUACGGAUCGCGCCACGCCCAAAAGGCCGAUGUACACCGAAUGGUCGGUCGGUAGGCAAAAGGGCCAGUCGAGUUCCUAUCAGAAAUCCUGCGGUAAGCUUCGGGUGCACACCAUGGAGGAGGCUUGCACCACGUCCACCGGCACGGACAAGCUCCUCGAUCCUGCUAGUCAGCUUAGAGAAUUGAUCGAGACGUCCGGACAUCUGAUACCCGAUCCUCUUCUGGUACCCAGGGAUUAUCUUCCGGGUCUGGCAGCAGCGCCGGCCAGCGAAAUUCCAAAAUUACUCGCCUCCAGACCGGAGCUCAGGCUGCCAGAAGCACUGACCAGACCUGAUCUCCUCAGGGAUCCAGAUUUACUGGUCAUAUCCCUGGCCCAUCUUCAGCAUGUUCUCGAUCACGGCGAAGGUCCGGUCUCCAGGUCGAGAUACUCUCAUCCGAGGAUCAACAACGGCACUAACAAAGGAUCCGGUCACGCGUGCUACGGGAUGAAAAACGCGUCGCAAACGAGACCGAAGCUCAGCUGCAAACCGAUCGGCACUCUAAUGCCGGCGCCCAUCGAUCUAUCCAGUAGCAGGAGAAGCAGCCCUUACCCGCCGUUACUCAAGGUACGGAGCGGGUUGCUUAAACAGGAACCGGAAGUCAGCUCCACAGCUAGUUCGCCCGACGACUCGCAGCUAUGGCAUCCUCUCUUCGGCAGCCAGAAGAGACAGCAACAGCAACAACAGCAACAGCAUCAUCACCAGCAACAACAUCAGCAUCAACAUCAGCAUCAGCAUCCCUCAUGGCACAGAACCACCUUAGCAUCUUGACCAUCGUGACCGUGACCCUGACCACAAGCCAAGUAGUCCUGAUACUAGGGGAAUCUAUUCUCACUAGCGAAGAAACGUAUCGAUGCGAUUCCUUCUGCGAACAACCCUGCAGGAGUCAUCGAAAUGAUAAAAACACGAGGGGAGAAUCUUCAACGUUGAUGUUUCAACACACUACGAACAUCCACUCCGACGCGUUUCUCUUGGUCAAAGCUCUCUGCUUUGAUCAUCUUUGUCGCACAUAGGGUGCCCCAUGUUCGUCGUGGUUACCUUUACUGUACGUAAAGUCUUUGUCGUGAGUCUGUUUUCUGGAAAUCUUUUUUUCCCCUGUGUGACACAGAGUUUUCGUUGAGUUUUUUCAGAGACUGCUGUUCCUAAUUUUCUUCGCGUUCUUCGCUUUAGAUUCGCGGCGUGGAGCAUCGAGGCUCGUUUCAGAUCGCUUUCGUUGCCAAAGUAUUUGCGUAUGGUAGCGCGAACGCGUUAAUCUAUAAUUAAAAUUCUACAAUAUGGUGGUAAACAUUUGAAAAAUUAAAAAAAAGAAAAAAGCGAAGAAUUAAUACUUUUCCACUUGGGGGAAAUUGAAAUUUUCGUUUUAAGCACUUGAUAGAAAUAUCGCGGACGUCCUACGUUGAUUAUUCUUCCCCUGGUUGAUACGUUAUGGGGGCGAGUGGUAUCCAGGGCAACAGUGCAAUAUGCGAACGCCGUGACGAAACGAGAAUUCUUCAUAUCACAAUUAUCUCGUUCGUGGGUAUCUCUAAUUCAGUUGAUCGUUUUUCUUUCGACAACUUGAUUUGUAGAUUAUUAUCAUAAUCAUGGCAAUCACUUUUGAUAUCUUUCAGUUUCUGUACCGCGUGCUUGAAGAAAAGAGGGUUCAGAAUUUACAGGGUAGAUAGUACUUACUAAAAGAAUAAAUAAUUCUUGAUGAAGAUAUGAUGAAAAAUGAAUAUUGUUAAAUUUAUAAGGAAUUUCCUUGCUUCGGGAAAUUAUAGACUAUCCUGCUAUAUUCUUUCUCAGAUGUCCGCAGAAAGUAUUCUUCGUGUCUUCCUUCCACUUUCAUGCAGACCUUGUAUCUUGAAAGAAUUUCUAACUUUGUUUGAAUCAUUUGAUUGGCAUCUUAGAGUACUCUAGCAAUAUUCAAUUUGUUACCUAUUCUCAAUAAGAAUUAUUUGUUUUAUUUUCCAAGUAUUAUUUACUCUUAUCAUUUCUAAUCCCUUUUCCUUUUUUUAAACGCGCUGUUUAAAAGGGAAGGCAGAAAGAUUUUUAUGGAUAACGAUAGGAAAAGUGUUGCAAUCAGCACCAAAUUGGUUUCCAUGGCUGGAUCUUUGUACUGCUGGCAAAAUGGUGUCUGACUCAUUCGUUCCUUUAGAAGAAGUAGAUCGAUCCGUUGUAGCGAGUAGCAAAAGGUAUUUAACCGCAAAGAGAUAGAGUGUUAAGAUUCAGAUAGAGAUAGACUGCGAAUCGGGAGCAGUAUGUAAAUAAAACUCGCGUGUUUAUCGUGCUGUGCGAAGUGCAAUGUAUCAUAAAUGGAUGUAAUUUCAUAGAAUUCCACUGCGACUGUACCAUACGUGUAUCCGUAGGUGAACAGUGCAUAAAGAUACGCGUUGUCUUGGGAGCACAGUAGGAUCGUUGUGUUUCAAACGAUCAUCCAUACUGUUCGCAUUAGACCACCGGUGCAUCGGCAAGCGACAAAAAUGUUUAUAACAAAUGCGUUUACAUAAGUACGUUCAGAAAUGUCUUCGAUCGUAAGCGAUAAAUUGUAAUUUUACCGAAGAGUUAUUGCUUCAGCAACAAAUUCUCUGCUGGCAAAUUAAUUCUAGUCGAUGCUAAUUGCGUUCGCAUCGACGUGACUGAUGACGGUUGUUGCAAACGUCAUUGCUCCUUACUUGAAACGACAAAUUGUAAUCAAUUACUUUCUCCUUUGAUUGUAAAUUAAUGUUGUAAUUACCAGCAACGAAUUCUCUGCUAAUAGAUUAAUUCCAAGUAACGUUAACUAUUUGAUGAUUUAAAAAAAUUGUAUACAUUGCUUGCUAAUGCACUAAUGGUGUUAUUUUUUGCUUUUACAUAUUGCGAACGGGAUUUUUUCUUAUUAAUCGAUUUCCCUGUGAUUAUUUAUCAACAUUAAAUUUGUGCAGAUUAUAGUAACAUUAUUUAAUUGUUAUCUGAACUACGUGCAAUUUUAAUUGAAUAUGAUUUUUGUACAAAUAUCAAAGAUUGUUACAACCAGAAUCAUUUGUUCGAAUGAUUGUGAUUGAUUUCUGGUUGACGUGUAAUGUAUCGAAUUAAUUUCUCUCCGUUUCGAUUAUGCUGUUUCUCCAAAUUUUUACUUGAACCGUCGAAUCAGUUGCUAUUGUUAUUCGCCCAUUGUUGUGAUCGUUUCGUACUAUGAUAAUUAUUUUUUCGAGCAUCGUAGUGAAAAAGCGUAAUAAGAUAUGUACACGUAAUAAGCGGCAGAACGUGCAAUAACUUUUAAUUGAUGCGUUUCAGAUGGAUCGUCACGACGAUCGUGAUCUUUUCUCAUGAUUCUGUCCACCGAGACGUAUUAGUCCGCUAUAAACAGAUAUUUGCAUCCUAUGUCUAAGUCGAGUUUACAUGCAACAAGUGAAGUAUGCAGAUCGUUUAUGCAAAUUAACAAGGAAGUUAAUUCUUCGCACGGACAGUCUCAGCUAUUUAAAUGGGCAAUGCUUGCUGAAUCGAAUGUGUAGAUUUAUUUGAAAAUUCGUGAAAGGUGAAUCAUUUAUUUUUUUUCUUUUUGAUACUGUCAAGCUUCGAAAUCGAUACGACCGGUGCUUGCGUAUCCGCUGGUCACGAAGAACUUAAUAUAGCUUACGACUAAUUAGGUCAAAUCAAUUUUUUAUAGCCUCCAUCCGUUAAGGUUUAAAUUGUCCCAUGAACUACUUUAUUAGAAUAUUCUUGGUUAUUAUUUCAGCAUGAAUGGAAGAUAAAAUGAGAAAGUUUAUUAUUAUUGUGUCAACAGAUUUAUAUUUAUAUUUAUAUUUACUGCGAGAGAUCAACGAAAAGGUAUAAGAAUAUAAAUUGCAAAAGUGAACUAAAUUGUUAUUUAAUAUAAUUUAUUGUACUUCGUUUAAUAAUUAACAGAAAUUUAACAGAUUAGAUAAAGGAAAACAUAUCAAGGGCGUCAUUUUGUACAUAUGUACUUUAUUUAAUUUUUCUUUAAAUCACAAGUACCUGCAAUUGUUACAUUGUUUUUCUUUAUAAAGAGAAAUUAUUUUUUGAGUUACACCUGUAAACUCGACUCUGACUAACUGAACAAAGCUAUUGAAAUAUUAUUUAUACCAAGACCAUGUAUCGAAAAAAGAGAAACUGUGACUAUGCGCGUCUGAAAUGACGGAAAAUAGGUGCUAUUCGAUAGUUAAAAAAAGAAAAGGAAAUGAAAAAAUUAUUUCGGUGAACGAAAGGCACAGAAAAUCGUAUAUAGGUAGGGUCUUAUUAGGUAGAGAAAAUAUUUUACAUAAUAUACACAUAGGACGUGCAAAUGUAUUGGAGCAUCCACGACUGAGUGUAUCUGUUCGUACACGAAGAACGACUAUCUAAAUAUUUCUUGGUGUUUGCCAUUAAUUCGAUAAUUCAGUACCUUUAUAACUCGAAUUUCAAAAAAGAAAAUUGAAGAAAUUUUAAUAUACUUUGGGGAACAUUCGAAGAAAUGAAAAUCAUAAGAUCCCGUUUAGAAAAAUGCAAUGUGUAACAAUUUACUUAACUUAACAACUCUGUAUUUAUAAUAAAAACUACUAGAAAUCGCUUUCACUUUGCUUACAGUCCGUAAAACACGUAACUAAUUGAAUCGUUCGAAUUCAAUCGAAUUAAUUAAAUUUCAUUGCACAAAGUAAAAAAAGAACAUUUCGAAAUUUGAGGACGGUGAAAUUUCUUUUGAAAUAAGGAGGAUAAAAUUUUAGAAAUUAUUUUUCUCGGGACGUUACGAGUUUAAUAUAAGCAAACGAAAUGUUAUUUAAUUUCAUGACUAACGGAGAGCUGAUUUAUAAAUGUUAAACUGGCAAACAUCGGGAAAGUCGAUAGUUGUCAAAGAGAACUCGAAUUACUCGGCUGCGACUAGAAUAAUAAAAGGAGAACACCGACAUUUCUAUGGGAUGAGGUUUCAUAACGGAAUUGUACACUAUUAAUUCGUGUAUCCAAAAUAGAUGAUGCAUUCUCGAUGUCCGAUUAUAGACGUUCCCGGUUUGCAGUUAACAGGUUGCCGUGUGUCAUUCUGUUUCGAUAACGAUUCAUACUUUCCAUGAUUUAUGGAUGAGGAAAAUGUCCUACAUCGCGUAAAGUCAUACAGGCGUGUUAAAAAAUUCAAUGAGCUAUAUAUGUGUGGGAGUGUAUGUGUGUGUGUGUUACAUUCUCGACGAGUUUAUGAAGAAUGUACUCGAUAAAAUACACGAUAAGUCCUUCUUACCACGAAGAGGUAUCGACACGAUUCACGUUA